AACAAAUUUAUGUUUGGCAUUUACUUGCUUAAUUCCGAAGUUGGCCUCCCCCACUCUCUCCUGUGCCAUCCAAAUCUCUGGCUGUCGCCGACUCGCUCUCGCUCUCGCUCUCUCUCUCUCUCUCUCUCUCUGUUAUGUUUGCCGUUGCUUCAGCAAUCAGCAGGUUUCUGGAGUUGCUGCAAGAAUCAGGUUUUUGGAGUUGCUAGAAGGCUACCAUUAUCCCUUGUAUGCCUACAAUGGAGGGUUGUAGUGAUUUUAUAAAGUGGUUGGGCACUGACAUGUCUAUUAAGAUUUUUCUGCAUUUGGAGGAUCCAUCUGAUCUUGUCCGCAUUUGCUCGGUUUCAAGCUCUUGGCGCCAAUUUGUGAUUGCAAAUGAACUUUGUAAGCAGCUCUGCUUUAGAAUAUUUCCUGAAAUGUCAAAUGUUGCUCAUAUUAUUGAAGUAAGCAACAUGAUAGAACCUGUAGAAAUUGGGCCCAAGGAUUCUACGGAAUGGAAUUAUCUGAAAAGAAAUCAUAGGGUGUAUGCCAUUCUAGCUCGAGGUCUCACCCCAGUCAUGAGAAGAGAUUGCAUAUCAAGGGCCAUUAGUGCAUCCAGCACUGAUAACUAUCCUGAAGAAAGCAUUCAAAAUACUUUGGUCCCAAGUGAUAGAGUUGAUCAGAGAGCUUCAUAUUGGUCAAGUGAAGGAGCAAGUGAUCCCAAGGUUCCUGAGAUACUAAUUUAUAAGUUGAUGGCUGAUUUGUGUGUUAUUACUGAAGUUCAUGUCCAGCCAUUUCAAGCAUAUUUUCAGUUUGGCCACCCUAUAUACUCAGCUAAAGCUGUGAGAUUUCGAAUGGGUCACUCUAAGUAUCCACUGGAAAUAGAGAGUGACCUCAUAGAUGAACCUGUGGUUGGUCAUGAAUUCUUUGACAACAGCUUUGUAUGGACAUAUACUUCACCAGAAUUUCCAAUGGUUCAGGAAAACUACCUGCAGACGUUUAAGCUACCAGAACCAGUUCUUUGUGUUGGAGGAAUUCUGCAAGUUGAGCUGUUGGGUAGGGUUCAAAGACAAGAAAUGGAUGGUCUGUAUUAUAUAUGUGUCUCCCAUGUUCAAGUGAUGGGCCGGCCUCUCUUACGAUCAUUUGAUGUCAAAAUACUUGAUCCGUCGGGAAAGUGUUCCUUGAAGCACAACCCUGAAGUGGAUUGCCCAUAUCCUGUAAGAUCAGCUGGAGGAGAAGCAAGUGCAUCAAUUGGAUCACAUUCAUUUACAGCCAGAUUGAUGCAGGGAGGUGCAAGGGUUUGGGAACAUAUUGUUCCUGCAGCAUUUCUUGAGAAUGCUGCGUUUCAAGAUGACGAAUCAGAUGAUGAUGUUUUCGACUAGUCUGAGCACUGUCGAGUGGUGAUAAUCCUCAUUUUAAUCUCCCCCCACCUCCGCUUUUAGCAGAAAUCUUUUUUUUUUUUUUUGUUAUCUUUUUGAAUAUUGUACUGUAUCCCAAAAAUAAAAAUAAAAAAUGGUAGUGUUGAACUAUGAGGAACGGCGUUGCUGACAAUCGGUGCUUGAUAUGGCGCCGAAGAGAAACCGGUUGAACUGGUAUUGAUCAUGGUCCAGCGUUAGGGUGACCAAAAUAGUCACAUUCCAAUGACUCCUUUUGAGUCAAAUUUCAUCGCUUGGAAUGGUGUCCCAAAUUGUAUUCUCAGAAAUGAAUUCUCUCCGGCUCCUUGCUGCCCUGCAUUUUUUUUUUUAGCUUUUUCUGAAUUUUAUGAUUGUGCUUUCUAGCGAGGGGAUGACUCUUCCUCUUUUCAAUCAUGUAAUAUUUUAGUAUGUCAGAACGGAAUGUGGAAUGAUUAGAAUUGAAAAUGGAAUUAAAAAAAAAUGGUAUAAUAAAUAGGUAAAAGCAGAGUGAUUCAUUAUAGCAAA